AUGAGCGUCCCGCAGACGGUGCUCGUCGGAGCCUUCCUGACCCUGCUGCUCUGCCUCCCCGGCCCCGGUCAUGGAGCAAUGAAUGGCUCUUUCAAAGGGGGAGUGCACAGUGGCGGGCAGAGCUGCUCCUUACUCGCCCAGAGAGAGGAGAUGAAAGUAAAAGAGAGAGAGAGAGAGAACGCGGACUCUCAGAGAGAUGCAGAAGUGGAUGGGGAUAUAAAAAAAGAAUCGUACUUUGGGGACAGCUUCUGCAGUUUACAAGUCAUUCAAGAUGUACGCAACUUCCAGCUGACACUUCAGAUCAAGACAAGUAGGCGGAGUGGCCUUUUGCUACUGGCUGCAGGAAUGGAGGACUACCUGUUUCUGGAACUGCUCAACGGGAAAAUACAAGCACGAAUGAACCUGGGGGGCGGCGAGAUCAAACUGUCCUCAUCUCAAGGAGUACAGCUGAAUAACCUUCUGUAUCACAAAGUCUCACUGACUUGGCAAGAUGGCAAGCUCACAAUGAUAAUUGAUGAUCUCUUCCCGACAUAUGUCCCUGUGAACGAUGAUGGAGAGCUAAACAUUGAUCUUGGCAUUUGGCUCGGGGGCACAUCAGACCUUGAUGCUCCCUACCUCAGCAACGCCAUUCCUCCCUUCCGUGGCUGCAUGACUGACACCAAAUUUGAAUCCCAUCAGUUUGACAUUCUUAGUGGAGCAUUAAAGCAGUGUUCCGACACAAAGGAAUCUUGUAGCAGUGAGUUUGAGAUUGGGGAUGGGGAAGCCACCAGCUUUAGCACUCCUGAUUCGUUUGUUUCCUUCCCAACAUGGAGCGAGGCUACCGAUGCUCCUAGGACUGUGGAGUUCUUGAUGAAAACCACCAUAGAAGAUGCUUUACUCAUUUUCCACCCAGGCAGAGAAUCAGACUUCAUUGCUAUCGGAGUUGUGAAAGGGUAUCUUAGGGGCGUACUGGACCUCGGGGAUGGUAUGAAAGUUCUUCAGAAUACACAGGUACAGCUGGAUGAUGACCAGUGGCAUAGAGUUAAGGUUCAGGUCUCCCAGGUUUCAUUUGUUCUUACAGUAGACAGCCAAUCCUCAUCCCUUUCUCUUGACUCCUCACAAAAAUUAGAUUUGGUUGGAAACCUGUAUUUAGGUGGCAUCCAGGCAAAAAUGAAAGAAGUCUUUCGUGAGAGCGGAUCUUUAAAGCGCUUUGAGGACGACAUGACAUCUGAAUCUUUCAUUGGAUGCCUGGGGGAAAUCAAAGUCAAUCAAAAGGAUAGAAGCCUUCAGGAUGCCUUGGUGACUAAAGAUGUUCAUGUGAAAUGUGAAGGAGAGGAUUACGACUACUCAACUUACUAUGAUGCGGAAACAACUACAACCUCCCCAACUGUCCGCUUUCGAAAUUUUGACUCUGGAUUAGAUGAGCUGCUUUGUGAUCCAACACAAGACAUGCCUGAGAACUUUAAAAACGUUACAAAAUUACUUGAUCUCACCACAUUGCUUGUACCUGAAGGUGGAGAAGCUUUUCUUGGUAUCAACAACUUAAGUCCAACAUUUGAUGUUGGUGCUGCUGGAAUGCGUCUGUCUCAAAUCGUUUUUACUCUACAGGAGGACCCCUGGUAUGGCCUGGUUGAUAUGAACAUUAACACGAGGCGCACAAGAAAGUUCACUCUUUUGGAUGUUGCCAAUAAGAAAAUUAAGUACAUGCAUGAUGGCAAUGAAAGGCACGUAGACCAGAUCCAGCUAGAGGUUGUCGCUAACAGUAACGACAACCUUCCAGAGUGUUUGAAAACCCCCCACCAAAUUUUCCUGACAGUGGAAAUCCUUCCAGUGAAUGACAUACCAGAACUCAGUGGAGGAGAAAUCUCUAUUACAGAAAACGGCCGGACUCGUUUGCAUCCCAACCUUAUGAAAAUCAUGGAUUCUGACCCUCGCUGUGAUGAAAUAGUAAUAACUCUAACCUCGGAACUUCCAAGGAAUGUUGGUUAUGUGGAAAAUGCUCAAGGAAAACCCAUCUCUCAGUUCACCUGUAGGGAGUUGAAAGAUGGAAACAUAUUUUUUGUGCAUCGGGGUGGGGCUGCUACUGAAAUUACCUUUGAAGUGUCUUAUGGACAGGCAGAAAGCCAAUCAUCUACUUUAAGGUUAUCAGUGACGCAUCCCCAUAUGACCAUCAUCACCAACACUGGCCUCAGUUUGUCUCAAGGAAGCAAUGCAUCCAUAGGAUUUCAGAAUUUGGCUAUUAUUGCCCAUCCUCGUAAUGGAGAUAUAAUGUACAACAUCACACAUCCACUGAUUUUUGGAGAAAUACAAAUAGAAUCAAAUGACGGCACAUACAAAAAGGUUACAGCUUUCCAUCAAUCGGAUGUCGAUCAAGCACGUCUUAGAUACCUCAGCACAGACUCAGGUAACCACGAAGAUAUUGUAGUGGAGCGAAUUCAGUUUGACACCCACCUAGGGCAGUUUUCCCUUUUUAACAACACUUUCUUGGUCAAGAUUUUCCCUGCGCAAGUAAAAGUUUCAAACCUGGUAGAAUUGGAAAUAAUGCCUGGUGAGGAAAAGAUAAUUGGACCCACACACCUUCAGGCUGAAGUUAAAAGUAAAAAUCUACAUCCAGAAACUAUCAAAUAUAUAAUUGUCAAGCCUCCAACUAGUGGUAGUCUUAGGCUUUCAGAGAAAGUGUUGUCUGAAGGUGACAUUUUCACCCAGAAAGAUGUAAUGGACAAUGCCCUGAGUUACAAAGUCUCUCAUGGAGUCUCUCUUUAUGGUGUACAGCACUUUCAGUUCAGAGUUUUUGCUGAGGGCCAGUACUCUCCUUUGUAUGAUUUUCCAAUUAGUAUGCAAUCCAGUGCAAAUCUCCCUGUUCUCAUCAAUGAAAGAUUAGUUGUGUUGCAGGGUGGUGAGCAGACUCUGAACAAAGAUCAUCUUUGGCUGCAGUCUCCAAGUUCCACAAAUUUUGUGUACCAGGUUACUCAAGAGCCUAAGCAUGGGAGACUCAUAAGGGAUUCUCCACCUGGAAUGUCUAGAUUUGAAGGGGCAAUUCGAGUUUUUAGUAACGAAGACCUCCUGCUUGGCAGGUUAAUAUAUAAGCAUGAUUCAUCCAAGACAAAGAGUGAUGAAUUCCACUUCUUAGCAACUGAGAAAGAUUCGGACGCUCAGAUCACUAUGACAGGUGUUUUCAGAAUACUGAUCCAAUCCAAGAAUGAGCAUGCUCCUGUUAGGAUUGUGGACAAAGUUUUCAAUGUGGUCCGCCAUGGUCAGCGCCUCCUCACGACUGAUGUCAUUCAGUUCAAGGAUGAUGACUCCGGCUUCAAUGAGACGCAAAUCGUCUAUGCACGAGAGGGGAUUCUCUCAGGAAAUAUCGUGUCAGCGUCUAAUCCAUCCCAGCCCCUGUUCCGCUUUACACAGGCUGACCUGCGAGACAAGAAAGUCCUAUUCAUUCACAGUAAAGCAGAUCGGGAACGCUUUACGCUUCAGGUGUCGGAUGGCUUCCACAAGACUACUGCUCUGCUUCAGAUCCAGGCAGGCAAGCCAUACUUGCGGGUGGCAAAUAACACAAUCAUCGUCAUUGACCAUGGAAGCACCAAGACCCUGGACACCACCCUUUUGAGUGCUGAAUCCAACCUCGACAUCAGAGAUGACAGUGAGAUUAAGUUCCUGGUUACAACACCACCUAGCGAUGGCAGGAUCAUUGUAAGUGGGAUUGAGGCUUCGGAGUUCACCCAAGAAGACUUGAAAAAAGGGGUUGUGUCAUAUGAGCAUAAUUAUGAGAGCAUGAGGUCCAAGGACUCCUUCAGCUUCACCGUCCAAGCAAAAGAGCAUUCUGAUGACGGCACAUUCAGAAUUAGAAUAUUCAAGCAAGGUUAUCUUUCUGAGCCCGAGGUGAUAACCAAUGAGGUCAUCCUUUCCUUUGAGAGUGAACCCACUGUAAUCAGCAAGGACCAUCUCAAGGUGGAGCAAGCUGAUAUUCUGCCCACGGAAAUGGUGUUCACAAUUAAAGAAUCUCCUCUACUUGGUCAUGUGGUGAUGCUAACUAAUAGAUCAGACACCACUGCCUCUCCUGUUCUGGACUACAUCCAGUCCUUCACCCAGGAAGACAUUAAUGAGGGGCGUGUCCUCUACCUGUCUACAUCCGUCCAGGGUGAUGAUUCCUUCACAGUGGACAUCAGUAAUGGUUUUACCACAGUGGAAAAUCUGCGCAUCCCUGUGAACAUUGUGCCCCGGCUCAUUCCUAUCCAAACCUUCAACUUCUCUGUAAAGGAGGGCCUCAGCAAAGUGAUCGAUUCAGACAUCAUAAACAUCUCCCAUCCCUUCUACAGCUCAGCAGACAUUGAAUUUUAUGUGGAAGAGCCUCCCCAGCAUGGCGUCCUUCGUUACCUGUAUGGAGAUGACCUGACUUAUUUUAGAUGGGAUGAGGUGAAAAAUGGGAAGAUUUUCUACAUGCAUGACACCACAGAGACCACGGAGGACAAUUUUACUAUCACUGCCUCGGUGUAUGAGUACGAACGCCGCAGCCUUCCCAUCACCAUCGCAGUCACCAUCAUACCGGUCAAUGACGAGCCACCACAACUGAUGCGCAACACCGGACUGGAGGUGCUUGCCGGCGAGGAGGCCGAUAUCACCUCCAGCAUGCUGAGCACAGAGGACGACGAUACCCCCAUAGAGGAGCUGGUUUACAACAUCGAAAUGCCAAUUAACGGGAUGGUGGCGCUGAAAGAAAAACCCGAGGAGGGCAUCCAUAAUUUCACACAGGCGCAAAUAAACAACGGAGAGGUCAUCUUCAUUCACAAGGAAGCUGCUAACGCUGACGCGGGAGGUUUCAGUUUCACGGUGACAGAUGGCGAGCACACAUCUCCUCUCUACAAAUUUGUUGUUACGGCAAGGUCUCUCACCAUCAGCAUAGUAGAUCAGGAGGAACUAAUUGUGUUUCCAGGAACCAGGCAACCCAUCACAAGCGCCAAUUUGGGUGCCAAAACCAACGAGGAUGGGAAUGAGAUUAACUUUUUACUUGUCCGUCCGCCUCGCCUUGGAAGACUCAUUCUGGCAAAUGAGAGGAACCAGUACGAGGAAAUUUCCCAGUUCUCACAGUCACAGUUGGAGUCCGGAGUGGUGUACUAUGAGCACCAGAUGCCUCCUGAGCCUUUCUGGGUGGUGAGAGACUUCAUGGAGUUUAUUCUGUCAUCUCAUCCAGCUCAGAACGUCAACCACCUCCUCCCUAUCACCAUAUCCUAUUUUGCUGCUAACAGCAACAUCUCCUCACAGCUAUGGAAGAACAAAGGACUGGAUAUUGUACAGGGCCAGAGGAAAACCAUUGAUAGUUUCAUUCUUGACGCCUCCAAUCUUCUGGCCAGUCUCCCUGAAGCACAGCAAGACGAUGUUGAUGUGGAAUAUGAGAUUAAGCGUUUCCCCAGUCACGGUCGCAUUACGCUGGGUGGUCAGGACCUGCCCCGUAAUGCACCAUACUUCCUGCAGGAAGAUGUGUCUCAAGGAAAGGUGGAGUAUCUCCAUGAUGACUCAAGCGCCACCGUGGACAGUUUCUCAUUCAGGGCCCGUCUAAAAUCUGAGGGUCGUGAUCUGGCCACACCAGCUCAGUCUGUGGUCCUAGAGGAGGUGUUCCAGAUAUCAGUCAAAAGACGAGGUUCUGAAGCCCCAGAACUAGUUACUACAGAUAUGCUCCUGGAAGUUACCCAAGGCUCUAUGACCAUCUUGACCCAGAAUCACCUUAAUACUCAAGAUGAAGACAGUCCACCAGAUGAAGUGCAAUUUAAGAUCACCAAAGCACCUAGUAAUGGUCAACUGGUUAACUCACUUACAAAGGAUCCCCUGGCAAUGUUCACACAAGAGAUGGUUAAUCGUGGACUGGUGGGCUUCAACAGUGACGGGAGCCUGGCAGAAAGCUCCGUGGAAUUCAUCUUGUCAGAUGGAGAACAUCAAACAGAGCCUUACGUGCUUAACAUUGGCAUACUAGCUCGCACCCUGCUUUUCAAAAAAGCCCCUGAGAUCAAGGUGAAGCAGGGUGAUGAUGAGACUGUGAUUACUGAAGAGAUGUUGAGGGCCUCUACAGGAGGCCCUGUUGAGGAGGAGAUCCUUUACAAAAUCACAAGUGUUCCUAGGUAUGCAGCUGUCAUGGUAGACCGGCAACCCACAUCUGCCUUCACCCAGAAACAGAUCAAAGAAGGGAGAGUCAGUGUCCGCUUUAUCAAGUCCACUUCACCAAGAGACAGUGCAUCAUUUACAGCCCGCAGCAGGGCUGCUAAUGUUUCCUCUGUCCUCAACUUCACUGUGCAGCCUUUGGCCGACAUCGCCCAGGGUCCCCUAUUGCCCAGGGGUGCACUCGUCCAAUUAGACAGAAAACUUCUGGACGCAUCUCCACUGGCCAACAAGACCAGAACCUCCCCCACGUUCACAAUCAUCAAGAAGCCGAGAGGGGCUCGUUUUGUAAGGUCUAGAGGUCCUGACGCAGGCCAGCUUGUGGAAUCAUUCACUCAAAAGGACCUGGAUGAGGGUCAUGUAGCAAUGGAAAUCUUACAUAAUGAAUCAGGAUCAAAGGAUGAAACUACUCAGGAUGAGGUUCACUUCCUUCUCAAAGCCCAUGGAGUUCCCCCUGCAGAAUGUGUUCUUUCCUUCCAGAUGGGUCCAUACAACUCUUCUGGAGUCUACCCUGCCACUCUGCUGAGAAUUCCCUCAAAGGUUCCAUCCAAGGGCCCCAAUAAGUCUGGGUCCCAUCACCUCAACACUAUAGACUGGCCUGUGGGGGGUGCCAUCACCACAGCACCACCUGGCUCCCACGGAAAUCCACGAGUUUCCCGUCGCAGCAGUUUCUGGUCUAUCCUAAUCCCUAUCCUCGUAGUCCUCUCCCUCUUACUGCUGGCAGCCGUCUUGGCCUACUUCCUGAUUCGUAAAAACAAGACAGGUAAACACAACGUCCAGACAGCAGCAUCCAAACCCAAAAAUGGAGAGGUGGCUGGCACAGAAACCUUUCGCAAAACUGACCCAGCCAAUAACAUCCCCAUGUCCAAUGUGGAAUCCAAAGACACAGACCCUGAGCUGUUGCAGCACUGUCGGACAACAAACCCGGCAUUGAAAAAGAACCAGUACUGGGUAUAGAACACUUUGAGUAAGGACAAAGUGGGAAGUGGAUCUUCAAGUGUUUAAAAAUCUCACGAAAGGAUUUCUCUCAGUAUUAAAGACCUCUUUCCACAGCAGUCUAAACAAAUCCCCCUCUCCAUUGACUUAUCUCAGAAUAACUGUGGACAAUCUCUCAGGCAAGGAAACACUGAACACUCAUUGGCAAAGAAAAGGUUGUUUCAUAUCUAAGGAGGCUCACGCCGUGUCUAUUUAUUUCAACUGUAUCAUUCCUCUUUGUCAUAGGGCACAAAUUAAGACAUAAACAUGCCAUGUGUUUGCAACUAAGUAUUUUGGCAGUGCUCUAUAGUAAUCAAUGUGUUAUCAUAGGAAAAUAUCAAUGCCCCAUUUGGAUAGGUCAUUUAGGAUCUAAGCCAUAGUCUAUUUCAGUUUAUGGUUCAUUGGUAAAAGUGAUCGAAGGAGGACAGAGUGCCUUUUUGGUUUCUAUGAGUUUUAAUGUUUUAAUGUUUCUUUGUAUGUCAUUUCUCAGGGCUAAAUACAGUCACAUCAAGACAACAAUGACCCUUUAACUGUGCAAAAAUAACAAGACGGACUCCAUUCAUGUCUCUGUAUAUCGUACUGCAGCCGAUGCGUCACUGUAUACGUUUUUUAAAUGAAACUAACGGCUACUGUUUACUUUUUUUUUAUCAUUGCGAUUAGCUAAAUUAAGGCGAGUUAAACUGUUGCUUACCUAGCUGUAGCCCCAUAUUAAAACAGAGCUAUGAAAGUGUUAUCAAUUAUCAGACCAAGUAAGUUAUCCAGUGUGAGUUCUUUGCUUGAAGAAAGUGUUUUAACACUAACCAAUAAUAAAAAUACAAAAAUAACAGAGGUGAAAAUGAGACCCUUGCACAGAUUGAAGUUCUGGUUUAGCUCUGAGUUGACAUCAUCUGUUAUAUGUUACUAUUUCUGCAUGCUUCAAGAGUGCUUGUAAAUAUUCCCUGAACUGGCACAGCACUGACCGCAAAACUACACAGUACACAGUUUGUGAACCACAGGCAGGACUUAUCACAUUCUAACCGGCUGACAGACAGUCAUCUCAAACUGAAUUUUUACAGCUUCUAAGUCUUCAAUGAAGAAUCACAAAAACAUUUUCUGGCGUAAGGAUAACAAUAAUGAAUAAAAUGCUUUGCCUGUUAGGUUAUGAUGACUUAAACCGACACUGAUAGUAUUUAAGUUCUCAAAGCUAUUUUUUUCUUUUUAUAAGCAUUCCAUAUGUAUUUCUAAAUAAAUAGACUACCAUUUAAUUAAAUCAUUAGGAUAAAAAGAUAGUCUUUAAGCUUCUUUUGUAUAUUAAAGCUAAGAAAAGUGCUACUGUAAAUUACAAUCUCCCUAUAUAGAUUACUUUUUUUUAUUACUCCAGCACGGUUGAGUUUUCUUGUUUAACUGAUGAAAGUACAGGAGGAGACGAAAAUCAGAAAACAUCACUGAUCAAUCGAAGAAAACAGAUUAAAGCAAAAGCUUUCUGGAGAAGUAUCUGACUAUUUGCUGUACAUUUUUUUUACUAUUACUGUAUGCCAGAGUUGCCUUAUGUCUUCACUGGCUAGCUAUCAUGCAUAAGAUGUUUUUUUACAGUUAUCCCCCUCUUUGAUCCUCUGUCUUUGUAGUCUAUUGAAAGUAUGGGUAGAAUCAUUUGCAGACAAAACAAAGCUCAGGAAAUGAUAGAUUUCGAGAGACACUAUCUCUUACAGAUAACUGAAAUAGAAGAUUCCUUCUUUGGGAUAUCUGA